CCAGCGCCCGGCGCGCGGCCGCUGCAUUCCGGCGGGGACCGCGGGGAUCUGGGAUGACCCUGGUGGCUUUCCAGCCCGGCCUUUUACUGGGAAAGCCUUCCUCCCCUUCACCAACGCCGCUUCCUCUCUCUCCUAAGUCGGCCUGGAGUCUUUAAGGACAGCCGCGGAGGAGGAGGAGGAGGAGGAGGAAGCCCGGGCUUGCGGGCAGUGGAUGUUCCGCCCGGGAAAAGACUGCAAGUUGGGUGUGCGCCCCGGGACCCGGGAGAGGAGGGGACCACCGCCCUCCAGCCAUGGACCAUCACCCAGGCUUCAGAGGAUGGGAUGUGAAGACUCUGUGAGAACUGAAGAUCCAUUCUGCCAGUAGACACCUAUCCCCAAACCCCAAUUUCAAAAUUGAGGAUUAGCUUCAAGGUGCUGGUGGUCUCGAACUUUCUUUCACUGCUGUGGCCCCCAACAGUCCCCUUGGGUCCUCGUUCCUCCAUUUGGUGAAUGAUGGCAUCCAGCCUAACUUGUACCGGAGUGAUCUGGGCUCUGCUUUCUUUUCUUUGUGCAGCCACCUCCUGUGUGGGCUUCUUUAUGCCUUACUGGCUCUGGGGCUCCCAACUGGGCAAACCUGUGUCCUUUGGCACUUUCCGGAGGUGCUCGUACCCCGUUCACGAUGAGAGCCGGCAGAUGAUGGUGAUGGUGGAGGAGUGUGGGCGCUAUGCCUCCUUCCAGGGCAUCCCCAGUACAGAAUGGAGAAUUUGCACCAUUGUGACCGGAUUGGGCUGUGGCCUCCUCCUCCUGGUGGCGCUCACCGCCCUCAUGGGAUGCUGCGUAUCUGAGCUCAUCUCCAGGACUGUGGGAAGAGUGGCUGGAGGAAUUCAGUUUGUGGGGGGAUUGUUGGUUGGUGCUGGCUGUGCCCUCUAUCCAUUGGGCUGGGACAGCGAAGAAGUUCGGCAGACUUGUGGCUACAUUUCUGGCCAAUAUGACUUGGGUAAGUGUGAAAUAGGCUGGGCCUACUAUUGCACUGGAGCAGGAGCCACCACUGCCAUGCUGCUGUGUACCUGGCUGGCCUGCUUCUCAGGCAAGAAACAGAAGCAAUACCCCUACUGACAUGGAGUCACUGAAAGUCAACAGAGAAGAUAGCCUGAAGGGACUGAGACACCCAAAAGCUUUCAGAAGGUGGAAUCAAGGCUCUAUUCAUUUGAUGCAAAUGAGAUGAAACCCAAUGGAAAUCAAAAAUGCUAUGUAAUGUAGUCAUGUGCUGCAAGAAUUUUAUGAAAGUAAAGGAAAGCAUAAAAUGAUAGGGAAAAAAAUGGACCAAAGGCUGAAAAUAUUGCAGGGUUUUGGGUGUUUCUCUUCCAUAGAAUAUUAUUCAUAUAGAACACAUAGACAUACAAAACAUACAAAAAAAUUUAUAUAUGCAAACAGAGGUUUUGAUUUCUUUUUGAAGAUGAGGACUCAGAGAAGACUCAAAAGGGCUAGUAGAAACAGUAUUAUGUUGAGAAGCAGGGUAACCCCCAGAUGUUCCCCUGUAGGUCACAGCACUUCUGAAAGCACAUGAGCACAUCCAGACAUCUGCAUUUCAUAUAUCCCACACACAAACAGAAAUCAUCCACAGAGAACACGAGAGGGUUAGUGGCACAUUUCUCUUUUUUCUUUUUAAUAUACAUUUAAAAUACAGUAUUAUCACUUUAUAAAUCAUACAUUAAACCUAGUAAAUGGACCAAUAUGACACUUUACCAGUAUUUUGUAUAACUUACAUAAACCCUUUGUCCUCAAAGUGUCUUCAGUGUUUAUGCAUACCUUUAUAGUUAAGCCUUUAUUAUUCCAUAUUAUUCAAAAUAUGCAAUAUUUCUCUGAGUAGCUUUUGCAAUUAUAUGAAGAAUAAACUUCCUGUCUACUCUAGGAGAGAGUACAGCUGAAGGUAAAAGAAUAAUGGUCUCAUUAGAUAUUUUUUUUGCCCAUUAUUGUAAUGUUGUGCCACACUUGUUUCAAUAUUAAUUUUGUAAAGAAUAAAAAGUGCUAUUUUGUUUGUAUUUGAAAAGCUCUGUGAAUAAAUUCUCUCUUUGAUCAAUA